GUGAAUUACUGUCUCUUGUCUGUUUGCAGACCUCAGAGGACAGCUUCUGGUCAUUGAAGGUGAAUGAGCAAAGUUCCUGGCACUUGUGUGACAAACAAAUCCUAGCAAGGUGUUUCCAAGCCUGGAGGAGACAUAUCCUUUGGAAGAGGGCAGCCACGCAGCUUUACAGACACCAGCUGCUUCAGAAGAGCUUUGGUGCUCUGCAGUGGAUUGUGCACCAAAGGAGGACACAAUUGGAGGUGGCCCAGCAGAGACAUGCUUCAACUCUGCUAGCUGCCAGCUUCCAGAAGUGGAAGAAAGCUAUGGCAAAACAGUGCAAGAAGGAAGCUCUGCAGCCUGAGCCUUACUCCUAUACCCAAAGUUCAUCAGCGGGGAUUUUUGGAGUAGGAAGAUUAGCCACUAUGACAACCUCAGCUCAGCAUCAGCUUGCAACAGGAUACUCAAAGGAAGCAGAGCAGGCUCAUAGGAUGGAGGGAAAACUGUGGACACAGCUUCGUCGUACGCAGAGAGGAGAUGAGUUCUGCUGGAGAGUUGAAGCAAUCAGAGACAUGAGACAGCUGGCUGCUUUCAGACUGUGGCGCCUGCAGAAGGAGCUGCUGAGCAAAGAGGAAGCCAGGCUUUUGGAAGCUUGUGCUCUGCUGGAAAAGAAGAAGCUACGAAACAUUUUCUGGAUGUGGCAUUCCAAAACCUUGGAAAUGAAAGGGAUUCUAACACUGACAACUCAAAUCCAAAGAAACAUGGUCUCCCGGUGCUUCAGCACAUGGAAGGAGACUGUUAAGCAGAAGGCACUUGACAGGUGCAACCUGGCCCAUCUCAGAGCAGUAUCUCUGAGGAAGCACUUCCAGCAGUGGGUUGAGAUGCUGCGGGUCAGAGGAGGUGAUAAGCAGGCAGUGGUGAACCUCUUCCUCCUACGAAGGAGGCAGCAUUAUGGUGAGCAGUUUGGGGUCUGUGCAGAAUCUAAGCUUUAGACGUGCUUAGGUUCCUUCCUUUUCUUGUACACUGAAGACAGAGGGGCUCAGAUGAUACAGGGUAUGAGCAAACCAGAGUGGGCAGAGGACUGGUUCUGGGUGUGUCAGUGAAGCUACAGGGAGGUUUGUUGCUCUGCAUCAUAAAGCAAACAUAAACUCUUAAACCUUGCUGAAAAGAAGCAAUUUGAGGGUUGGGCUGGGCUGAGUUGGAAUGCCUUGAGACAAUCUCUUGUUCCUUUAUGUAACUGGUUAAGGAGCAGUUAUGAGCUCAGUAGGUGACAAGACUGUGACAAAGAGGCAUGAAGGUGAGCCAUCAUGGACUGGAGAGAGACAGUUUCUGGAGAAAACAGUCUAUUCUUUUGAUGACUUCUGCCAAAAACUGAAGCUGCAGAGAGUAUAUCUGCUGUGGAAAACAAGGCUGUGUGAGCAUCACAAGGCUGAUUCUUUCUCUCAGACUUUGGAGCAGUGUAAACUCAAAAAAACUCUGAAAUUAUGGCACCAAAAGUAUCUCAUGCUGAAGACAAUUGAACAAAGUUCUAAGCACUUGCAUAGAGCUGUCUAUGAGGAACCUCUUGCCAUGCAGUUUUCUGAGGACCUCUCAACAUCAUCCGGCUUUGACAGCAGUGCACCAGCUACUCUGACCUCUCAAAGCUCAUUGGAAAAGGAAUGCAGUCUUAGUGACAGCAGCCAGCACGGCUUCUCCUCCCUUCUGACUGCUGAGGAUGUCACACAUAUCUCGUGUCACAGUUCUUCCCUUCAACUCCACCAUUGCAUGGAACUGCCAGCUGAGCUGGGUGGGGAGCUGUGCUUGCAGACCUCCUUCCCUGGAUCUGGAAGAAAUUGGUUUGUGGGAAAUCAGUUCCAGUCUUCAGUUCUGCAGAGUCCAGAUAAUAAUUCCCAGCUUCUCACCAGUUACUCUGCAUGGGAAGAGGGCUGCAGUUCUGACAAGGAGGUGAAGAGUUGCUGGCAGCAAGCAGAGAAAUACUGCCUGCAGAGGUGCUUCAUUGUCUGGUCAGCUCGAACUCGACAUCACGUGAAGGCCCAGCAGCACUGCAGGCGCGUUCGGCUCUCUCGAGCCUUUCUCAGCUGGCACCACUGGGUCAUGGAAAAUAAGAACCAAAAAGCAACAGCAGCCCUAAAACAUGAGGUUCAUUGUGUCCAGAUGGCUUUCAGCCUGUGGAAAAGGAGACUGGCCCAGAAAGUGGAAGUUGACCGGAGAUUCAGGUGUCAUGUUCACCAGAUGGCUGCUGAUGCUCUGUGGCGUUGGCAUUCCUGCUGGCAAAGGAAGCGUGCUCUGGGAGAACUGCAGCAGCAAUGGGCUUGGCACAGCUGCCAGGAGAAGAAGAGGCUGGUCCUGCAGACAUGGUAUUACCAAACAAGGAAGCAGAAAUAUGCUGUUUUAUUCUGGGAACGUUUUCUCCUGCACAGGUGCCUUGUCGCUUGGGCCCAGGUCACUGCACGUAAAUUAAGGCAGCAUGAAGCCCUCUCUUAUUUUAAAAGAGUCAGAGAGCAUCGUCUCCUGGUUGUGAGCUUUGUUAAGUGGAGGGACAAACUCUGGAGAGCUGAACAAGUGCCAGGAGGGAGAAAGCACAAGUGGCAGGAGCCCUCUCCAGGUAAAGCCUGUCACCGCUGGCGAGUGGCUGCAAGAGGACAGCAAGCCCUGCGCCUGGGAUCUGUGACUACUGUCAAACAAGCCUGCAACUACUGGACCAGAGCAGCUGCCUUUUCCCAGUGCUUACAGCAGCGCAGUACCCUCAUAGGUGUUAGGAAAAGCAGAAAGAUGUCUCUCUCUUGGCCCACAAAAAGCAGAAGAGGCAGAGAAGAAGAUUCAGCACCAACUGGACUUUUUCCCAGUGCCAUUCAGCGCUGGCUGGUGAUCUACAGGAGCCAAAACAGGGCUGAAAGGUUGCUGGAGAGACCUGAUGUGGUAGGACCCUCUCGUGCACAUGCAAGGAUCCAGGAGAACGCAGCAGAGGUGGACUUGGAGGAGCGGGCUAAGAAGUGGCUUGGGAGGAAAUAUCUGAAGAGGUGGCAUCACACAGUGGUACGGCGCCGGUGCCAGCAUGAUAGGAACCCGCUCCGUCUGGCAAGGGGAUGGCAUCAGUGGAGGGAAUCCAGCAAGGUGGUGAGACUGGCUCAGGUGCUGGACCAGCAGCGGCUGAUAGAAAAGGCCUGGAGGGUGUGGAGACAAAGAUACUUGCAAAGCUGUGUGGUGCAGAAUCUUUUGGAGGAGGAAGCCAGGAGCCUCUUGUCUCAGGCCUUUAGAAGGUGGUGGCAGCUCACAGCAUUCCAGUGUAAGGACAAAGGAUCCUGCUGAAUGGAGGGGGCCUGCCUGCAGCUGCUGCUCAAUUCAGGACACGUGGAGGAUACAGCUCCUGUCACAACAAAGAGGUGGUCCUGUGCUGUCAAGAAAGAACACUUUGCUCUUACAAUAAAAGCAGUGCUGCCAGUCAGAAGGAUGACAGCCAAAGAACAACCAGGAAGACAUUGUACCUAGUAAAAGGUCCUCUUUAAAGGACUUGUAUCUUACCUCCUUAGCAACACAAACAGAGAAUUUACAGUUGUGAGGUUGCAUUCUCUUCUUCUCUGGACCACGCUUUUGCUGGAGUUCUGAUUAAAGGUCAAAAAAGCCUUAGAGGCUUUCCUUUUACUCAGUGUUUUUUCCCUGAACAGGAGCUUGGUGUCAAGGGGGGAGUAUGCAAAUACAGUCUUAAACAUGAG